AUGACGACUGUGGAAACCGUCAAGGAUGUCUCUCCGCACGAGUCUGUCAAAUCCUAUGCCUCCCACCUCAAGCCCUCGGGGAAGAUGGAGCUGCCCGACUGGACUGAUUUGGUAAAAAUUGAUGUCCUGAAAGAGCUUGCACCAUAUGAUCCUGAUUGGUACUACAUAACGGCUGCUUCCAGGGUUCGAAAGAUCUACUUGAGGGGAGGACUUGGUGUUGGUGCCUUCCGAAGGAUUUAUGGUGGAAGCAAGAGAAAUGGCAGUCGUCCGUCCCAUUUUGGCAAGAGCAGUGGGUCUGUGGCUCGUAACAUUUUUCAGUAG